AUGGCCGUCUCAUCUCCAUCCUUUCUCCUCUUCAUCAUCCUCUCUUUAGCUGUCGUCGCCUUCCCCCAGCACCGCUCCACCCACCUGCACUUCUAUGUCCUAUCACGCUUCUUUGGAUCCCCCAAUCCGACUGUCACGUUUUCGGUGAUCCUGCACCUGGAAUCCCCCAUGGAGGGCUUCGGCAACCUUGGGGUGUUUGACGACAUUAUCAUCGCAGGGCUCGACCCAAGCUCUCCAGUCAUCGGUCGGGUACAAGGGUCCACUGCUAACACAGAUUUGACUGGUCAUAGUUCAACUUCAACUAUAAACUUGGUGUUCACUGCCGGGGAGUACAACGGGAGUUCGUUGAUGGUCUUAGGGAGGUUCCUGAUGGGGGGUAUGUCAGAUCGAAGCAUCAUCGGCGGCACUGGACUAUUUCGCCUAGCGAGGGGCUACAUCCUGAGCCAAGUAGUCAAUGUCACGGGCACAACAGUGAUUUUCGAGUUCGAUGUUUAUGUCACAGACCAUGAGUAUUAA